UUUGGCGCUCUUCGUUCCCUAGUAGUCUGGCGCGUUUUUGAAGCUGCAGAAAAAUGUCAGAAAACCCUCCAGCUCCGAGUUUCUCCUAAAAUAUUAGCGCAAGGAGCCGCAAACUUCGCAGGGACACGAGCUUCUAAACUGGAAAAUGUUCCGAGGACUUCCAGGAGCUGCGCAGAGUAGAGCUUCUGUGAGUCUUAGAUAGCUUGUUGUUUUAUACCGAAACCUGCUGGUGAAAGGUUUUCUUCUCUUAACAAUGGAUGGAAAGUCCUUUCUGUAUUUAAACACAAAGCAGUGAAGGAGAAUUAAUAAGACGGCAGCCGUAAGAGUUCCAGCGUGUCAGCGUUUAACAUAUCGGUCUCUUUGAAUUAUGGCUGGUGUUGUGGCUAUGGCUUCUGUCAUUGAGGACUUUGACACUCAGCCUUGCAAAAAAUCUCGCAAAGAUGGCAGCAGCCCUGUUGUCAAGACGAUCACCAACUACUUCUCUCCUGUUCCCAAACCAGUGGAGAAACCCUUUUCUCCUCCUCGCUCCAAUAACAUCAUGGACUACUUCAGCCGAAAAGCUCCGUCCUCUAAAGAAAAGUCAAGUCCGCCGCAAGACCUCAAAGAAAACCGUCAGAAAUCUCUGUCUGCAGAAAAACAAGCUAACACAGAAGUGGGGAAAAAGUCGUCUGAAAAACGGGGCAGAAAAGCCAGCAGGGCUGCGAGGAAACUUGUUCCAACUGAAGCUGCUGUUUCCAAUGAUGAUGACAGCUGUUAUAUUGUUGAAGAAACACAAGAGAGCAAAGACCUCACAGUAGCUGGUUGUCGUGGGGCCCUUGGCAGUGACACGGCAGCUUUAUUGUCAAAGCUUGAGGCAGACGCAUGUGAAUCUGGAAUACCUGGAAUCUGUAAAACUGUCUGUAACAAGCAGAUGGGAAAAGAGUCCCCUCCAGAGAGUGAUCCAAAAUUUGAAAAAAGUGGCAUUCCUGAUUCAAAGCUGAACACUACUUCAUUAUCUCCGAAAGUUGAAGUAAAAGCAGUUAAAAAGGCUCCAAGAAAAACAAGAAAGAUACAACAAAAUGAGACGAAGCAUCCAGAGCCGGAAGAGCAGAAGGCAGAGAAGUCACCAUGUGACAUCAGCGAGGAUAAAACCUCACAGUUAAACAGCAGCACACUAACCAUCUCCUUUGAAGAUUUUGUACGGAGUCAGAACAAGACCGAGAAGGACGACCAGGGAGAAGAAGAUGGUAAAAACACAGGAAAGGUUGAAGAAGUGAACAAUGAACAGAUGGACAUCCCUAAAGCUGAGGAUGCUGUAUGUCCGCUCCAAGUUUCUCCCAGAACUCUCACCUUUAAGGCUGAGGUCCAUGCCGUUUCACCCAAACAGGAAACCACCAAAGCUUUUGGGAAGUUAGCUUCAAUAUUCACCAGGAGGAAAGGUGCUGUAAGCCCGGCAGAGUCUGCUCCUCCUCCAGCAGAGGAAGGACGCCUGCUUCCUGCUGCUUCUUCAGCCACCAAACGGAGGUCCAACGUGGUUCUUCAGGAGGAGGAUCUGGAGCUGUCUGUGAUUGAGAGCGAAUCCACUCCGAAGUCCAGUGAAGCAGAGAAGAAACAGUUCAUAGCCGCCUUCAAGCAGCCCAGUCUGGAUGGGUCCAAGACAAAACCUGCUAAGAGCCAAAGCAAACAGAAGCAAACUGAGGAGAAGACUGCAGAGGAGGAGGAUGCUUCAGGUUCUCCUGCUGAUCGAGGCUCCGAGGACACCAAAGCAUCCAAAAAGAAAAGUGCGAAACAGAGAAGAAAAAAAGUUAAAGAUACAGAAGAGGAAAUCCAUUCAUCACCUCCUGCUGUAAAAGAAACCCAAAUUACAGCAGAAGAAGAGCCAUCAAACACCUCAACUCCUACAGUCACAGCUCUGAGGAGGUCCAGGCGAGAGACUGUAGUUAGAAAGUCACCUGAAAACCCCCCGACCACACCUGUGAGGAAAACCAGGAGGCAGAAUGAGUCAAAGAAGGCUGGAAAUCCUCCCUCACCUCAGGAGAGCCCUAAAAAGAUGUCCACGCCGAAGACACCGCGGUCCAAACAUGGCGUCUUUGUGGCAGAGAUGGUCUGUCCGCCUGAUGCAAAAGAAAGUCCAAUCAGAAUGAGAUUAAGCAGAGUUCGUAAAACAGCUCCAGCAUCUCAGACUGAAAGUGGAAACCACAUCACCACUUCUUCAAAGAGUCAAAUCCUGAAUGAGUCCAAAAAACAAAAACGUGCAAAGAAACUAGUGGAGAAAGCAAAAAUGAUUCAGCAAAGCAGGAAAACUACAGAGGAGGAGAAAGUAAGACGAUCAUCACGGAUCAAGACCUGCAGCAAGAAGAGCUACUGUGAAGACGAGGAUUCAGUUGUCUGUAUCCAGGACCUCACUGCUAUUUCUCAGAGCCAGCCUGAAAAGACUAAAUCCCAGAAGACCUUACGAAGUCUGAAUGAAGUCCUUGGUAAAGUCACUCCUCCUGCCCCUAAAACAGCAUCUUUGGGCCAAGACAAGUCUGCUCGCAAGGUCUCAGCAGUGACCUCCAUCUUUGAUGACAGCAGUCGGGAAGGAUCUGAAAACUCUCAGGAUGAUGAGCAGUUCAAGGCGCGCAGAGAGUUCUUAAAGAGCGGCCUCCCCGAGUCUUUUAGGAAACAGAUCGCAAAGACUGCUGCUACCAAGGAGGCAUACUCUGCCUCAUCUUCAUCCUUUCAGACGGUCUCACACACUACACAACCCCCUGAUGAUUGUUCUUUAUGGAGUCUUCCUUGGCCUGAAUCUACCAUGCUGGGCCAUUUAAAGGACCUUUGGAGCCACGGACCCAAACAGCCUCCAUCUAUUAGUGGGUCUUUGUGUGUAAAGACAGAACCAGCUGGUAGAAAGGCUUAUGAAAAGGGCUCAAACUGCAGAUCUGGAAUCUCUGAAGGUGAUCGACAGCUUCUGAUGAAGGAGUUCUGCUCUACAAACCCUCACUUCCCAGCAGAGACGGUUUUCAGUCGGCUCCAGAAAAGACGAGCUGAGCAUCACCAGCAGCUCACGGCUUCAGAGCCAGCUGUUGUGAGCAAAGAUGUCUGCCCUCCUGUGCUGAAUGAAGCGGUUCGAGGGAAGAGGAAGAGGAAGGGGGAUGAGAGGGAGAAUAAUGUGAAGGUGGCUAAGAAGCAGAAGUCCCUCCAUUCAGAGGAGAACACCUCCACAGCUGAACAGGAGCCUCCUAGAAGAGGAGGACGAACCAGACGAACUCAGAGGUUAAAAACUAAGGAGGAAGAGGAGGAGAUGAAGGAGAAACUUAAGCCUACACUGAAUCUCUGUAAAGAUGAUUCUGGGGUUCUAGUGGACGACUUAAAGCUGGAAUCAGAUACUAAAAGAGCAGAAUGGGUGAAGGAGGAGUUGCCGUGGACCGACAAAUACCAGCCUCAGCACUCUGGGGACAUCGUAGACAACACGCCUGCAGUGAGGAGACUCUACAGUUGGCUAAAAGAAUGGAAACUUCGUGCCGACAGAGAAGAGAGAAAGAAUCAAAAGGAUAAGAAACAAGAAGAGGGCAGCUAUGAUUCAGAAUGGGACUGUGGAGAGGAGGACUACCUGGAUGCAGACGACACUUUGUGCAACACAAUGCUGAUCACUGGGCCCACUGGAGUUGGAAAAACAGCUGCAGUUUAUGCUUGUGCCCAAGAGCUGGGCUUCAAGGUGUUUGAGGUGAAUGCGUCGUCUCAGCGAAGCGGACGUCUUAUUCUGUCGCAGCUGAAGGAGGCGACCCAGUCCCACCAGGUGGACAGUCAGGGGGUGAAUGCCUACAAGCCCGCCUAUUUUAACAGCUAUGGAUCCACUUCUGUCAGGCCUGGAUCUUCUCCAAGAAAGGUUAACUCUCCUCGCAGGGUGGUCUCAUCUCCCAGGAAGCCUCCUCAGUCUCCAAGAGGGGCUAAAAAAGGAGGCCUGGCUCCAACAUCUUUAGCAAAGUUCUUUCAAGUUGGAAAACAGGCCAACAAAGAGCCUGAUAAACUUGACCAGACAGCUGCAUCCAAGAAAGCAGUAAAAGCCAAUCAGAGCAGUGAUAAAAGCAAAGCCUCUAUGGCCAAACCCUCAGCAGCCAGCAACCCUAAAGAGAAGAGCAGUGAGGAGCAGAGCAAGAAGAUGGCCACAUCACUCAUCCUGUUUGAAGAAGUGGAUGUUAUUUUUGAUGAUGAUUCAGGAUUUCUCGCUGCCAUCAAGACAUUCAUGAGCACUACCAAGAGGCCAGUCAUCCUCACCACCAGUGAUCCAGCUUUCAGCUCCAUGUUUGAUGGAAACUUUGAGGAAGUUCACUUUAAAAAGCCUUCAGUACUGAAUGUGGGCAGCUACCUGCAGCUGCUUUGUCUGGCCGAGGACACGAGGACGCAUCCGUUAGACAUCGGCGCUCUGCUCAAACUGAACGGCUGUGACAUCAGGCAGAGCUUAUUACAGCUGCAGUUCUGGGCUCGGAGUGCAAGGGGGCGCCCCUCAUCAAGGCAUCUGGUGCAAACUGGAUCUGAACUGAAAUCAAAGACCAAAGAAGCAGCUGAUGAGUCUGUGAUCGUCCCAUCCAGCCUCCCUCCUUGUGACAGCGGCUGCACUGAGAGCAAGCUGGGCCUGCUGAAUAUUGAGCCUGAUAGAGACAUCUGGGACCUACUUAGGAGUGGAAGUUUGAUGGAUUCAUCCGUUUGCUUGGAGCUUCUUACAGACAGCAGGCGCCGAGGAGUUGAUCUGCUCUAUUCCAACAUGGAGCAUCUCUUACCUCUUCCUCUGACACAGCUUUCUACCUCUAAACCAGAGGGUAAUCCUUCUGUUUCACAAGACCUUGGAUCUGUGAGUCCUAAACUGCUGCCAUCAUCCCCAUCCCUACAGGCAGACGCGCUGCCUCCUGGUGUUGGUUUAUUGCGUUCCGCUGAGUCGGAGGAUUUCUCAGACAGCUGCAGCCCAGUCAAAGUGUCCAGCAGAAUGAAGAGGAAUAAAAAACACAAUCUGCCCAGAAGGGACGGCUUCCUCUUUGAUUCAGACUCAGAGGAUGGAUUUCCGUCUCUCUGCGAGAAGCCGAGUGAUCCUCAGACAGAGGACACCAAAGAGAAGUUUGUUUCUGUGAAAAGGAAGCCGCUGACUCCAGAGGAGAAAAUCAAAAGCAUCCCGGUCUCACAGUGUCUUCAGUCCAUCGCUGACUUCUGGGACAACAUGUCUUUUGUGGAUUCAUCGCUUCUCUUUCACCCUGAUGGGUGUAACGUGUACACAGGACCAUCGGUUAGUGCUGUAGUCAAAGAUGGAAUGACGGAUGAGUCGAGAAUCGACACUGGAAGAGGAAGCUGGUCCUCAAGAAGCCGUGUCCUGGAGAUCCAGGCCACUGUGGAGGCUCUGAGCUUCCACAAGUGCCAAGCUACAGUGAAGGAUGCCUGGGAUAAGAUCCAGCAGCUAGAUGAUGAUCUGAGGAAAGAGGCUGCAGAAGAGCUGAGCCUGCCAGUAGCAACUCAUCGAGAAAAUUACAGCUUCACCCACGAUGGACUCAGCCAUCCACAGUUAGCCCAGCGGAGGACGGACAUAAUGGAGGUUCUAGUUUCUAAAGUCUCCGGCACUCUUGGCAACAGACAAGCAGCUGCUCUGGAUUAUUUACCUGCUCUGAGAACCAUCUGCAGAUCAGAACAGCUGAAGGAGCAAGGAAAAGUGAAGAGAAGGUUCCUGCAUUAUCUCGAUGCGAUCCACUUGGGUCUUGAGAAAGGAACACUACAGUUCCUCGCUGAAGAUUUCCGCUAAUUCCAUCAGAUUGUGUUGUGAUAACACAUGGGCCAUCAAUAAAUAGCUCUAAGAAGCUCAGUCUGGUGCUAGGAGGAAGAAGUAACAGUUGUGGUAUCUGGUGAUGUGGACAGAUAAAGCAGACCUCAGCCUUGGACUACUUGUUCUUAUGUGCACAAACAAGAAGGACUGAUUGCACUUAUUUGAUCAACAUUUAAAUGCAUAAAAAUCUUUGAAAAUAAAAGCACACAACUAAAGAAC